CCCCUAUAUGCUUGUGUGUGUGUAUGCGUCUCCCGUAAGCGCGUUCGUCCGUAUUCGUACAGUUGCGCUGAACCGAGGCUCUUCACUUUAGUGCGUGCACAUUCUUCAACCCGUCCGUCAGGAAAAAGGAAAUUUUCUUUUUCCGCGGCAUCUGCCUGCCUCCCGCUCCUCCUCGCGCGUGUGUGACGUCGGCAGCGAAGAAAGUCGAGACAAAAGUCCACAAUUCUGACCGCGGAUUUUUCGACCUCAAACGCUACGCUUCUGGCGGAUAAGCAAAAAGAGUUUCGCUAAGAAGAGCAGCAGCAGCGAAGAAGGAAGAGCGUACGGGAAGAAAACCACCCCAGCCAGCCAGCCAGCCACCAUCAUUUGCCGAUACGCGCGUGUGUGUGUAUGUGUGUGUGUUGCGCCGUGUUUUUCUUCACUCGAGUUUAGUUACUACAGCGCAAAGUCAACGACGACGUCGAAGCUGUAGUCGCAGUACUCGCAGCAGCAACAACAGGGCCGCAGCGCCGUGUGUGCCGUUCUCACGUUGACGAAACUGUAGCAUCCAUCCACUGCAAAAAGGAUACACUCUAGCUGGCCGCUCGUUGUGUGUGGUGGAAAGUGCGGAAGGAAAGGAAAACGUAAAACCUUCCCCCCGCCCCGCGCAUUUGACGUCGAUCCCUGCCCUCCCCGGUGUGUGAGUGUGUGUCCGACAACCCGUCCCGUCAUCAUUGAGCGUAACUGAGAGUCGGUAGUCGUCGUAUCGAUUCAAAAUGUCGGACGUAGAGUUAUCAAACAUAGACCACCUCAUUGCGAUGCUUUUAGAAGUUCGCGGUGCAAGGCCGGGGAAAAAUGUACAACUGUCGGAAACGGAUAUACGUCUGCUAUGCUUGAAGUCGAGGGAAAUCUUUCUCUCCCAACCGAUACUGCUCGAGCUGGAAGCACCGUUAAAAAUUUGCGGUGACAUCCAUGGUCAGUAUUAUGAUUUGCUGCGUUUGUUCGAGUACGGUAGCUUCCCGCCAGAGUCGAACUACCUGUUCCUCGGCGAUUACGUCGACCGGGGAAAGCAAUCGCUCGAGACGAUAUGCCUGCUGCUGGCGUACAAAAUCAAGUAUCCGGAAAAUUUCUUCUUGCUGCGCGGCAACCAUGAAUGCGCCAGUAUCAAUAGAAUAUACGGAUUCUACGAUGAGUGCAAGAGGCGCUACAAUAUUAAGAUGUGGAAAACGUUUACCGAUUGCUUCAACUGUCUGCCGGUGGCCGCGAUCGUAGAUGAGAAAAUUUUCUGCUGCCACGGCGGUCUCAGCCCGGACCUGCAGUCCAUGGAACAGAUCCGACGCAUUAUGCGACCGACAGACGUGCCCGACCAGGGGCUGCUGUGCGAUCUGCUGUGGUCCGACCCGGACAAGGACACGAACGGUUACGGUGAGAACGAUCGUGGCGUCAGCUUCACGUUCGGUGUGGAUAUCGUGGGCAAGUUUCUAACCAAGCAUGACUUUGACCUUAUCUGUCGGGCACAUCAGGUGGUGGAGGAUGGUUAUGAGUUCUUUGCCAAGCGGCAACUGGUGACCCUCUUCUCUGCUCCCAACUAUUGCGGUGAAUUCGAUAAUGCCGGUGCAAUGAUGUCCGUCGACGAUACGUUGAUGUGCUCGUUCCAAAUUCUGAAGCCAGCCGAUAAACGUAAGUUCCAAUAUGGUGGCCUCAACUCCGGACGGCCAGUUACACCACCGAGAAACUAUAGUAAAAACAAAAAGAAAUAAUUUAUCCAAAUAGUACUACUUCUCUUACAACAACAACAACAACAAAAACUACUACUACUACUACUACUACUACUACUAUUAAACAAGCAAAAAAGCAAAACAAAACUACUACAAAUUACGUACUACCAAACUUGUGCGGUAUCCGUUCUGUUGUUGCAUCUACUCCCCACCCCCUACCCCCGUUUCCCCCACCCAGCGCCCCUCCUCCAGUCUGCUCCCAGUUGUCCGGUGUUUCUCCUUUCCUUUUUGCUUCCCUAUUAAACACAUUUUAUAAAACAAAACACUUGAUCGACUGACAAUGCAGCAGCAGUAGUGUAGCGGCAGCAGCAACAAUGACCACGCGGCGCGCCCUGGUCUUGUGCAAGGCAAAAGCAUAUGUAUCUUUGAUUAUUAAAUUUCAACAACCACCCCCCCCCCCCCCCCCCCAAGAUCAUUCAUCACACAAUCAUCGCUUCUAGGGCACGUGCACGUGUGUGUGUGCCUGUAACCACGCGGGUACGCGCACACCGCGGCUCUGACGAUGAAGUUGAAAAGGAAAAGGGAUAGAAUCUACAAGUUAGACGAAGGUAGUCGAAAGGAAAAAGGUCCCUUUAGGGGGGGGGGAGGGGAAACCAAGAAGCUACAUUUUGAUUAUAUUCUGUUACAAAUUCGACACGAUUUAGUAGAGAGUGAAAGAGCAAACGGUGAGACGAUAAAACGCGCGCUGUUGGCAGCACAGCACAACAGCACAAUGUUUUGCGAAAAAAAAGGGGAAAAGAUUCAAAUGGGAAGGAUAGUGAAUGGAUCAUUCUGGCGUUGAGUUGUAGGCAGAGGCAGUAGUAGUAGAUCGCGAGAGAGAUAGCGAGAGAGAGAGAGCAAGAUAAAGAGCAACAAAGAGUUGCGAAAAAAUCGGAACGUUUCUGAAUGAUAAUUUAAUUAGAAACACUACUAGCAGUUAUACAGUGCAAGAGGAAGAAGAGCUAAAUAAACAUACAAACAAAAUAUGCAUGCUAACAACACACAUGAUAACAACACAACACUGAUGGUAGAUUUGUCAGUUGCUCGAUGGGCUUUACCACUACUAGCGCGACUAGCUAGCCGCCCCACGCGCGUGUGUGUGUGUGUGUGUAUCUGCGUGCAGUUGAAAUGCAAUGAGAGCACACUUGUGUGUGCGCACACGAUGACACACGCAGCACCGCUAAGAAAUGGGUCAUAAGAAUGUUCUGAUUACAAUAAGAGGCAAGCAACACUUGUUUAAAAAAAAAACAUUGGCAGUGUGUGUGUGAGUGUGUGAGUGGGCUCACAAGAUCAUCCAUAGGGCAAGAAGCACCCUCUAGUAAGGGCCAAUUAAAUGAUUGAGAUUAUCGGUGGAUGAAAUCCGGAUUACAUUUAAUCACCGUGUGUGUUGUCGCCCCAUUAGUAGAUGAGCCCUCAUCAGCUCGGUGCGCCAUCAUCCCGAGAGGCAAACACGCCCUGUUUGUUUGGGCUACGGGCCAGUUGACUUCGGAGAGCUACACAACUCCAGCUUCCAACCACCAUCACCACCAGUACACGUUAAUAAAGUAUGAACCGAAGCUUCUUCAGUUGGAAACCCUACAUUUUGCAUGCCACAGCAGACCCUAAUAUCUGUUUGUGCUGUUUUGUCUCGCAUUAUUACUUGGUAAAGGAGAGAAAUUUCUAUUCUUUAUUUCACAUUGCGUCAGUGUACUUUUCUAUAUUGCGAUCGCAACCACACAGGUGUGGGCGCUGGUUUUAAAAGGCCGCGCGCGGGGUUCGAUGUUUGAUGAGACGACUCAAACGAGUGGCGGCUGGCUUUAUUGUAAGGUGCGCUGUGAUUUCACUCCAGGAGGUUUGGGUUAAGCACGUCGUACGAAGCUUCUACCUAACCGUGUCCAUCCACGAAUUGCACGAAUGGUUGUUGAAGACUCUCACACACAUUUAGCACACGACAUGGGUUGCGCCAGGUGUAAUGGAGCAAUGUCACCAGAAAACAUGGUUUGUUGCUGAUAACAAAAGCUGCUGUAAGAACUUUAAACAUUAAAACCACACAGAAAACCAA